UUUGUCACAAACCAGGUAGAAUCAAUCAAUCAAAUGCUUGUCUGAAUAUUUUUUCCAUGUGGGUUUCGUCAAUAAGGUUAGCUUCUUACAGAAAUUUUUUCAAGAACACUCAAUAUAUUCGAUUGAAAUCAGUUUCUUCAGUAGCUGAAUUAACUCCAUAUUUGUCGGAUUCUAGUUCUGAUGAACAAAUUGGAAAUACCCACAUGAAAAAUAAUGAGUUAACUAACAAUACUGUUGAGGUGAACUCGUAUUGGGUCACUGAAAUGCUUAAUAGUUUAAGGGAAGAGCCUAAUGAUGCUUUAUCAUUUUUUCGUCAGUUGAAAGAAAGUGGGUUUAAACAUGAUAUUCAGACUUAUAUGGCUAUGAUUAGGACAUUUUGUUAUUGGGGUAUGGAUAUGAAGUUGGAUUCUUUGUUUUUAGAGGUUAUAAAUUUGGGAAAGAAGGGGUUGGGUUUUGAAGUUUCUGACUUGUUUGAGGAAUUGGUGGAGGGGUUGAAUGCUGAGGGCCCCAAUUCGUUGGUUCGGGCUUUAGAUGGAUUGGUUAAGGCUUAUGCUAGUUUAAGGAUGUUUGAUGAAGCUAUUGAUGUUCUGUUCCAGACAAAAAGGUGUGGUUUUGGAUUGAGUGUGUUGUCAUGUAAUUAUCUCAUGAAUAGGCUUGUUGAGUGUGGGAAAGUAGAUAUGGCUGUGGCGGUUUAUAAACAGUUGAAGAGGAUUUCGGUGAGUCCAAAUGUGUAUACUUAUGGAAUUGUGAUCAAGGCAUUAUGUAGAAAAGGCAAUUUUGAAGAAGCAGUUGGUGUAUUUGAGGAGAUGGAGAAAGCCGGUGAAUCUCCUAAUGAGUUUACUUAUUCUACUUACAUUGAAGGGCUUUGCUCGUAUGGUAGAUCAGACUUGGGCUAUGAUGUAUUGCGGGCGUGGAAAGGAGUAAAUUUACCCCUUGAUGUCUAUGCCUACACUGCUGUAAUUCGUGGGUUUGUUAAUGAGAAGAAGCUGCACGAGGCAGAAAUGGUGCUGCUUGACAUGGAGGAGCAAGGAAUGGUCCCUGAUGCCGUUUCUUAUGGGGCUGUAAUUAAUGGAUACUGCACUACAGGGAACAUUUCUAAAGCUCUGGCUUUCCAUGACAAGAUGGAAACAAGGGGUAUCAAAAGUAAUUGUGUGAUUGUUAGCUUAAUUCUUCAGUGCUUGUGCAAAAAUGGCAAGGCAUGCGAUGCCGUUGAUCAGUUCAGUAGUUUUAAGAAGAAAGGCAUUUUUCUUGAUGAGGUGGCUUAUAAUGGUGUAAUUGAUGCUUUGUGCAAACUCGGUAGGUUUGAAGAGGCUGAGAAGUUGCUUGAUGAGAUGAAGGAUAAGAGGAUGACACCUGACAUCGUGCAUUACACUACUUUAAUAAAUGGAUAUUGCCUCCAUGGACAAAUUUUAGAUGCGAUGGGUUUAUUUGAUGAAAUGAAAGAAAAAGGCUUGAAACCUGACAUUAUUACUUAUAAUGUGCUUGCUGGUGGAUUUUCUAGAAAUGGCCUUGUUAAAGAGGCAAUUCACCUUUUGGACCAUAUGAAGGAACAAAAGUUGACACCAACAACUGUCACACAUAAUGUGAUUAUUGAGGGCUUAUGCAUUGGAGGUUAUGGGGAAGAGGCUGAAAUAUUUUUCAAUAGUUUGGAAAAUAAAUCCGCAGAAAAUUAUGCUGCCAUGGUGAAUGGGUAUUGUGAAUUAGGCAACACCAAAAAUGCUUUUGAGCUUUUUGUUAGACUGUCAAAACAAGGUGUUUUAAUUAAAAGGAAAUCUCGUUUGAAGCUUCUAAGUAGCCUAUGUCUUGAAGGAGAGUAUGGAAAAGCGUUAAAGCUGUUUGAGAUAGUGUUGUCAUUAGGUGAUGGCAUUUGCAAAAUAAUGUGCAGCAAACUAAUAGCUUCCUUAUGUAGUGCUGGAGAUAUGAAAAGGGCCAGGUGGGUGUUCGAUAAUCUGGUUUGGAGAGGAUUAACACCUGAUGUGGUCAUUUAUACUAUGAUGUUAAAUGGUUAUUGCAGGGUGAAUCGCUUGCAGGAAGCCAUUUAUCUUUUUGAUGAUAUGAAGAAAAGGGGCAUUUCUCCUGAUGUUAUCACUUAUACAGUUAUGCUUGAUGGCCAUUCUAAGAAUUUAAAGAGAGAUCGAUUGUCAUCAGAUACAAGGAGGAAUGACAGAGUAAGAAGGGAUACAGGGUCAGUUUUUUGGAGUGAAAUGAAUGGGAUGGAAUUAACUGCUGAUGUCAUUUUUUACACUGUUUUGAUUGAUAGUCAUUGUAAAUCGGACAACAUUGAUGAUGCUAUUCACCUUUUCACUGAAAUGAUUGAUAGAGGUUUAGAACCUGAUAGUGUGACGUACACAGCUCUAAUAUGUGGCUAUUGUAAGCAAGGACAUGUUGAGAUGGCUAAAGAACUUGUGAAUGAUAUGUGGAGAAAGGGAAUACAACCAGAUAGCCAUACCAUUGCAGCACUACAUCAUGGAAUCAUAAAAGCCAAAAAGUUGCACCUUAGGCAUAACAAUAACUCAGCCCAAAAUCGGAGGAGAUGAUAAAUAUUCAUUUGAAUGUGAAGAGCACAUACUUUGGUAAUACUGGAAAGAGAAGAGUUGGUGCUCCUGAUGUAACUA